GUACAGACAGACCCUAGCAGUGGGGGAUGGGUAGCUCUCACACAUCAAUCAUUGGCUGUGUGCCGUGGAGCCAGUCUGUGCAGUUCAUAGUUCAACAAUCAGACCCACUCUACCAAUGCUAAUGAGUGCCUGGUUCACUAUGGGGAUUGUGCCCAAACUAUUUUCACAUACCAUACUCCGGCAAAAAGUUAAUGCAGGUAUGACAGCCCUGUGAAGAUUAGAGGGGAGUUUAAAAAAAAAAAAAGAUAGUUGAAGAUUAAUCCUGAACCCUCUCACACACAGACCAUGCUCCUCAGUGGUGUGUUGCUCCAGGAUUAGAACAGAGGCUGUAAUUACCUCUGCCAGCCUCAGGUAACUGGAUGAGAGAUGUUCCUUCCAUCACACUGAAUGGAAAGACUGGACAGGAAGGGGAGGAGGAAUUCAUUGCAUUCAGAAGCAGAGGGUGAUAACUGGAGGGCUAUGGAACCUAAACUGUUGCAGUUUAAAUAUAUAUUUUUACCUUCGAGAUAUCUAAAAAGGAUCAAAAUGAAAUCUCCCAUUUAAUGUAUUCUGAUACUGUUUUGAUACUGAUGACAGGAGAGGUCCUCAGGAAUGAGUACUGUCACUAACAACUGGAGAGGUCCUGUGCUCCCAUCCCAACCGUGUCAAGCUUGGGUGUAGAUAGGAGGGGAAAUGGGAUACGAAUGCAAUGAGCAGAGAUGCUGUAAAAUGUUAAGUACCAUGUGAGGGGGUUAAGCAGACACACAUGGGCUCCACUGGUAUGAGGCAUUGGCCUUCCCCUCAGAGCUGCUGGUAUGGAUAUAGAACAGUCAGAGCUGCGUAUGAGCAGGGAGGACAGAGGGUGAGCCAGGCUGUGCAGUGUGUGGGUGGUACUGAGAGAGAGGGAGAAACACUGCCUUGCAGGCUGCUACUGGAAAGGAGUGCAGGCUGCUUCCCCCUGGGAGGACUGCAGCAUGCCUGGAUAAGCGUGUGUGUGUGUUUGUUCUGCUUCUGUGAAAAGUGGGGGUCUGGUUAUGUGUGCAUGUGUCAACGUGCGCUUCUGCGAUGUGUUGAUGCAGCAUUAUAUUGGCAUGUCAGUGAAUAUGAACGCAUCCUUGUCAACUGCAUAUAGGCUCGGGGAAUGAUUGUGUUUUAAAGGUUCAGGUCUUUCAUGUAUUCUGUUGUGUUUCUAUAACCGUCUUGUACUAGUGAAUUACAGCAGCUAUGCUGGGUUUAUGUGUGUAGCUACUGCUCCUUUAAUGCUGGAUAGGCUUGCUAUUCUAAUCUGAAGCACUUUCUUCAGUAGGCUAUGUGUGAUAGAUUGCUUGGAUUUUUGUGGCUAGUCAGCACCUACACCAGGUAACUGAAGUACAGACUACACACCAGGUAACUGAAGUACAGACUACACACCAGGUAACUGAAGUACAGACUACACACCAGGUAACUGAAGUACAGACUACACACCAGGUAACUGAAGUACAGACUACACACCAGGCUCUCUGGUGUUUGUUAUGCCCUCCAUGUUAAAUAUUACAGGUCUGUGCUCUAGAAAUGUCUUCCCCUGACUUCAUGAUCACGCUCCGCCUUGCACUACUGACCUGUCAAUCUUCUGUUCCAGGGCUGUCAUUCCUAUGCCUAGCACGUUUUACCUCAAGGCUUUGUCUACUGGUUGUAUUUUCCUGCAUUGUCUUGUAACAUAUCAUAUACAAUAUAUUGUACACACCUGACUCUAUAUCAAAUGAAUACAAAUCUUUUUUUCCUGUCAUUGAGGAUUGUCUCAAUCAAGAAUACGAUGUGAAAGUGACUGCCCAUUUUGCCUUGGUUCCUCGAUCUUCCGGUUUUUGAAUGGGCUUUAAGGUUAUAUAACCAAAUUCCCAAACUCUGUUAUUUAAGAUAUACAAUUAUAUUCUUAUUUGUGUAUUAAUUUACUUCUACCCGAUGCCUUUUAAGAUGUUCAUUUGCGUCCUGUUUGCAUCUGUGUCUGUUGCGUUUCAAGAACAUAAAAAAAAGAAGAAAGUCGAAAUGUAGUGGUCACACUUUCCCAUCCUAUCCACCGUUAUUUUUGAAACGUUGUUAUGUGCACAGCCGAUCAACGGAAGUGAUGGAUUCCACUUCCGCUUUACUUCUCUACUGCAGUUCGCCGGUGGCAAAUUAGCCAGAGUCAAUUAUUUGGAGUCAUUUUAUAGUAUACAGUUUAAAAGUCAAGUAAACAAGUAUAUAAGUGUAAUUUUACAUUUAUUUCAUUCAAGUUCUCUGUUCGCUAGACCUACUAGAAUAGUUCUGUUGUGAUAAUAACGUUAGUUGUGUUGUCAGAGUUACGGGCCAGGCACCAAGCCAAUAACUAUAAACUAUAGGCUACAUAACUAUAACACGCUGGUGAGUAUCCACACUAGAGGAAAGUCCUACACCUGUCGAUCAACGCAUCCUACUGCACGCUGCCUAUUAAUAAGGUCACCAUGCGUUCUCUAACACACAGAUACUGGUUCAGACCAUUCGGUACUUUCAGGGUCUGUUCAUUGUCAUAGUGACAACUGCAACUAAAUCGUCAAUGUAGGCCUAAUGUAAAGCAAUAUAGUAACUCCUACUGUAUUUAAAUGUAGCUAUUCAAUAACAAACACCAUAUUGCCUGCACAUCUAUUACAGCAUGUCAUUGCUCAAGUGGUUUGCAAGUGAUUUCCAUUUUUCUAAUGGUUGUCAAUUUCUUUGGGUCUUAUUUUUCACUGUGCUCAUCUCUCUGUCCUGUGCAACUAUUUGCAAUGCAUCAGUGCAACAGUGUUAUCAUAAUAACCGGCCAAAAGUGAUCACACCAAUGCACUUUCUCUCCUCAACAAUCCGCAGGUACUACAGGACUUUGUUCAAACUAGGCAUCAUACCUGACCAACUGAGCUUAUUGAUCAGUUUAAUGAUUGCCUAAAUUCAACACACCUGAUCCUCCAGGUCGAUUAAAUAAUAAACAUGAAGUGCCUGCUGCACUCCAGGACCAGUGUUGUCUACCCCUGCUAUAGCCUAUUGUGAAUGAGAACAGUUGGAGAGAGGCUAGUAAUGUGUAGCUGAAGUAAGAAGCUCAAUAUUGACCAGUCAAAGUGCAAGAAAAGUUUUACUGUAAUCAAUUGAGUACACAAUUAUUGUCCAUGUUAUGUAGGCUAAUUUGAAUAAUCUCUCAAACACCCUAUUUUGUAUUUAAAAAAAACGGCAUAUUUCUACAGCCUAGGCUUUGAUUUUGCUACCAUUUGGAUCAGUUUGGGACUAUUCUCAACCGUUUAGAAGGUCCAGAAAGGUACAUAUGCAGGCCACUCAUGUUUUGUCAGGAUGUAGCCCAGUGUUAAGAUAGGCCUACUAUAGGAAAAUAUGGGCUUCUCCUUUCCAACUCCCUGCCUGUUCUUAAUGCUGUAGCCUAUUUUACAUUCAGCAGGUAAGAGCAAGCAGGUAUAUCUCCUCUAAUAGGCUAAUUUAGUAGGUUAAAGAAAAUAAGUGUCCAGCAAGCUUUUGUAGUCUGGCUUUUUCUGGGACAGGCUUGGGAUGUAGAUCUCCUAAAUUAGAAACGUAUGCAUAUUAGCUCAUAAUUCAUAAGCUCAAUGUUAGGCUUAAUACUGCAGUGAAUAUAUCCAGUCAAUUUACGAAAGGAAAAACAAGUUUAUUCGAUCAGGAAAUCAUAGGUAGCCUCCUGAGGCUAUGCUGAGUGCUCUCCCUCCCAGUCCCCUGGUACCAGAAAUGUAUCCUGCCUAGGCUACAACACAAUGUAAUGAAGAAUGUUAUUGUUUUCAAUUGAGUACAAAACUCUAGUCUAGGGUGUAAACUACAGUGAAUAGCCUAUGUCAUUUGAAUAACGCUCAAAAGCCUAGCGUUUUUAAAUGUUCAUUUAGAAAUGGCUGCAUGUAGCCUGCCUGAUUGGGCAACCAUUUGGAUCAGUUCUGGGGUUUUCUCAGCUGUUAGCCUACAAGGUUCAGGCACAUUAGUAUGGUGUAUUUUUCAGGAUUUAUCAGCGAAAGGAAGUUGUAUCCAUAGUUUCUGCAUUUGGCUUCCGUGUUUUAAGUGUUUGAAAAUCAGGUGGAUAUGCCUAGUUCACCCCUCCCUCUGGUCCUAUCAUCUCCCUGUGACUCCUCUGUUCACAGGGCCCUUCCACAGCACCAGCUUUGCAGGCCCCCUUCACACUAUUAACAUGGAUGGCAGGGAUGAUUUCAUUGAGGACAGCGAAUGCCACAGCAACAAUUCCCAACAGGACAGCAUUUCAGAAGACAGUGAUAGCGACCUGGACAACCACGACUCAUCCUCCAACACCUCAGCUGACGACCACAUGACCUCCACCAAGAGAACACACCACAGGGGAGUUAAAGAAGAGAGCGAGGAGGGGGCCGACCUGAUGAGCAGCUGUGUGUGUCCUCUGUGCACCCUGGAGUUCAGCAGCCCCGAGCAGCUCAUCACACACGUCUACCAGCACACAUCGUUGAUGGGCAGCAGUAAGAACUACGUGUGCCCAGUGUGUGGGCGCGCGCUCAGCUCGCCAGGCUCCCUGGGGCGCCACCUUCUCAUCCACUCUGAGGACCGCCUCUCCAACUGUGCUGUGUGUGGGACACGCUUCACCGACACCAACAACUUCAACAGGGAGAAGCUCAGAGAGGUCCUGAACACAGGCAGCAGUAUGGAAUGCAGCAGCGGAGAUGAGAACUGUUCCAUGUCCCGGUCUCUCUCCGGCAGCCCCAUGGGCAACCCCGGUCAUGGCCUGAUACACGGCCACGGGCUCGUCAACAACCAAGGACACGGCCCAAACCAAGGCCCAGGACACAACCCUGGCCGUGGCACAGGCCACAUCCCGGGACAGAACCACGGCCCGGGAUACAACCCCGGACACAACCAGGGACACAACCAUGGCCAAGGUCCCGGACACCUCCCAGGCCACCCACUCCCCUCACUGCACCACAGCCUCCUCUCUUCGCCCCCCUCCUUCCCUGACGCCCUCAGCCCCUCACCUGGCCUACCCCUGCUGCCAGACAUCCUGAGCCCCAUGCCUGUGCACCCGGCCGGAGUGCUGCUGGUGUGCAACAGCUGUGUGGCCUACCAGCAGCUGGUGGACGCCCAGUCUCCCAUGAGGAAGUGGGCCAUGCGCAGGAAGAACGAGCCGGUGGAGGCACGCAUGCACCGUCUAGAGCGUGAGCGUUCCGCCAAGAAGACCAAGCGGGAGCACGAGUCGCCCGAGGAGCGGGAGCUACGGAGGCUGCGGGACCGCGAAGCCAAGCGGAUGCAGAGGCUGCAGGAGACAGAGGAGCAACGGACACGGAGGCUUCUGCGCGACAGGGAGGCCAUGCGGAUGAAGAGGGCCAAUGAGACUCCAGAUAAGAGGCAGGCUAGGCUGAUCCGUGAGAGAGAGGCCAAGAGACUGAAACGGCGGCUGGAGAAGAUUGACCCCUCUCUGAGAGGUCAGAUAGAGCAUGACCCAGCUGCUAUGGCCGCCCUGACGGCAGACAUGAGCCUGUUCCAGUUCCCCUGCCCCAUGCCUGUCCCCUCUCUGGACAACGGCCUCUUCAUGAAGCUGCCCUAGCAGGACCAGGUCACUGGGGGCAGCACACUGGACCACUAACAGUUACAAUGACUUACUCCACUACGCCUAUGGGUUGCCAUGGUCACAGAUGGAACCAUUCCAUGCUGGUUGAAAUUCCAGCAUCUUCUGUGUCCAACGACUUGAUACCCAAACUCCUGUGUCAACAAAGAACAUUAAUUUAUUCCAGACUAGCAGGAAAGUAGAGCAGGGUCAAGAAUGUUUCACUUAAUGAUAUUGAUAAAGCAUGUUGUCAAGAGAUUUUCUGUUCUGGGGGCUAGCAGACUUUGACUUCGCAGCCCAUUGUGACAGAAGCAGUUACACCCUUCCAUCUUUUGCACAUGGACCUUCAGUGGUGGGAGUGAGUCACGUAGCCCAUAGCUCUUUCCCUCGCCUCGGGUCCCUUCUGCUAGCCCAGUCGCUGGAGUUUACCGGUAGCUACACCUCUCUCUGUCUCACGCUGCCAAUGUGGGUCUCUGCUCUGGCUAGCUCAUAUCCACCCAAUCAACUACCUCAGUAAGGGGCCGAGGCCGAGCCCUCUGGUCUACGUUCUGACUCCAAGCUUCUUUACACGUACACUACAGAAGAGAAUGCGGGUUGUUUCCUUAGUUUGAGGGUUUGUUUAUAUCUUUAGGAUGUGCUUACUGAGGGAAUAUUCAACAGGACAGAACAUUCAGAAAGACAGUCAGACAUGUACUGUAUAAAACAGGAACGAUAGAAAACGUGCCUGUUCUAUACAUCACAAUUCUAUCCGCUAUGCUCAGAAUAUUCUGUACUAUUUAAUGAGCCCUGUUUUGAGCAACAUUCUCCUUCAUUCUAGCAUGUCCUCUUCAACUCAAUAUACAGUUGAAGUCGGGAAGUUUACAUAGACUUAGGUUGGAGUCAAACCUAUAGUUUUGGCAAGUCGGUUAGGACAUCUACUUUGUGCACGACAA